AUGAGCACCAACACGUCCUUGAUCGCUCACAAUGCGUCCUUCGAAGCGCUUCUGUCGCUCAUUCCUGCUAAAUUAUACUUGCGAGAGGAGCAUGCUACAGAGAUGGAAGAUCUCUCUGGGCUGAGCAAGAAGCAGCGUAAGAAGCGUCAGGCAGAGCUGGCAGAGGAGAGCAAACAGGUCAAAAGAGCAGCAAAGAUGAGCAGGUUCGAUCCUGAAGCGCCAAGGACGGUACUCGAGAUCAAGGCGGCUCGAGCGGCGGAAGCAGCGCAAAAUGAGCCGACAGGAUCCGGCAAGGGCAAGGAACGAGAACUUGCAGACGCGGACGCGGACGAGCUAGCCGAGCAGCCCUCACAUGCCGAUCUCAAAGCUAAGCUCGCCAGAAAGGUCGCCUCACUACAACAACAAGCAAAAUCCAAUGGGCACGCGCAAGCUGACAAUGACGACGACGACGAUGAUGACGAAGCUGGCUCAGCCAAGUCUUCUGCUUCCGACGUUGACGAGGAUGACGAUGAAGCGACGGCGCUGAGUGAGGCUACGUCUCGUGAAGCUCUGCUUGCCGAACGCAGAAGGCGUGGCGAGAUGCGCGAUCGCCGACGGCGCGAACGAAAGGAGCAGAGACGCGCAGAGGCCGCCGCAAAGGAAGCUGCUCAAUCCCGCAAGGGAUUCCGUACACAGGCCGUCAACGGCAAGCAAUCUAUCGCUUCAAUGGGCAAUCGGUCAAAGCCGAACGCUCAGAAAGCCAUACGUACUGCAGAAGCGCAAGCGGAUGAGCCUGUACCGAAAAAGCAACGCAUCGACCUCACGCCGUCCUCGCAGACCAUCGUACCCGCGCCAGUGGUCAAGGCAGACACGGGACUAUCGUUCUCCCAUCUCGACUUUACUCCUUCUACCUCAGUCAAGCCGGUAGACAUCAUCCAGAAGCAUGGCAAUAGCAAAUCCAAGCAGAACGCCAGCAAACAUACGCGGCGCGAGACGAAAGAUCCCGCGCAGGCCUUGGAAGCCCUCGAAGCGCGAUCACAUUUCUUGUCCAAGUUGACCCCGCAAGCUCGAGAGCGAGCAGAGGAGAAGGACAAGUGGGAAGCGAUACAGCGCAAGGCAGAGGGUGGUAAGGUACUCGAUGAGGAAGCCAGGCUGCGCAAGAUGGUCAAGCGCAAGGAUAAGGAGAAGCAGAAGAGCCGCAAGGCCUGGGCCGAUCGCGAAGAGCAGCUCGCUACUAGCCAGGCUGGUCGCGCCAAAGCAAGGUCGGACAAUAUUGCUCAGCGCGCGCAGAGUAUCAAGGACAAGAAGAUGGGCAUCAAGAAGAGCAGCUUGCCCAAGAAACCGCGGAAAGCAGGUCGACCCGGUUUUGAGGGCCAGGGCAGCAGUCGCAAGUCUGGUCCUGCGAGCAAACCAGAGGGAAAGGUUCGCAGCUCGAAGCAUAAGCGGGGCUAG